UCAUUUUCCAAUUCAACUCACACUCCUAUUCCACUAGAAUUGCCUACUUUCAGUUUUGGAACAAAUUCCAAAGUUUCUGUUUCAGCUUAAAGAGUCUUUUUGCUACUUUCUAGCAGUAUCCAUUUACAAAAAUAUUUUUCUUUGUUUGCAUUUUCAUCCUAUAUUUCUUCAAUUAUAUUAUCCCUAAAUACUAAUAAAUGGCUUACGGAAAUGAUCGUUAUUUCAGCUACUAUUCAUCAUCUUCCCCAUUUCGAAAUCAACUUGGGGUGCAAGAGGCAAGUCACGGCAAUUUGAACGAAUUCAUCAAUCAAGCUCUAUACGAGUCGGAUGAUUUUCACAUGUAUGCUUUCAAAAUACAAAAAUGCACAAACGUUUACGGUCAUGACUGGACCUCUUGCCCUUUUACACAUGAAGGGGAAAAAGCAUGUCGACGUGACCCAAGAAUAUACAACUAUUUGCCAAUCCCUUGCCCCGGUUACAAAUUCUCGUCUUGCAUUAAAGGAGAUAAUUGCGAAUUGUGCCACGGAGUUUUUGAGGAGUGGCUACAUCCCGUGAAGUACAAGACCCAACUGUGCUAUGCUGGCACGUCAUGUGACAGACGAGUAUGUUUCUUCGCUCAUACACUAGAAGAGCUUCGUCCUGAGAUGAAGUACAACUGGUGCCAAGUGUACCGAUACCCUUCAGACAUCCAACCAUAUCCGGACAUUUACAUUCAAAACGGACCAAAUGGUAAUUGGACGGUUAUUCCCAGUAAUCCCCAGCUGCCGCCGCCUCUGACACCACCAUCACAAGAUCAGUACUAUGGUAUUACUGCUCCUAAACAUGGAAAUUCGUCGACUCCUCAUCAAAUUCCUCAAAACAACACAUCAACUUUUGAGUUUGUUCCUCCUUCUUCUCAAUCUCCACCAAGAAUUGAUCAGAGGACUCAGAGUGAGAGUGAUUUUUCGCUUUUUUCGGUUAGCCCUGAAAAAUUAGCUAAGGAGCUGAAAAACCUUGACAUUGGGAGUACUUCUCAUGCUAAGGUGAAUAACUUGCAUGAUGAAAAUUAAGGGGA